AUGUGGUGUAAGGACCUGGACUUCAGGACUGAAACAAGGAGAGCUGAGCUGAGAUUUGCUGAUGCUUGCAAAAGCAGUCUGAAUGCUGAUGAAGGCAUGGGCCUGGCCUCCAACAGCGUGACCUUCUCCUCCAUCAUCCUGUCCUCCAUGUUCGUCACCCCCACCGUCAUCAGGUACCUGGGAUGCAAGUGGACCAUCGUUGCCUCCAUGGGAUGCAAUGUGAUCUACACCAUAGGGAAUUUUUAUCCAGGCUGGGCAACCCUGAUGCCCACCUCUGUGAUCGUUGGCCUAGGGGAGUCUCCCCUGUGGUCGGCCACCAGCACCUACCUAACCAUCAGUGGAGGCCUGCAGGCAGUCAAAGAAGGCAAGAAGAGUCAGGAUGUGAUCAACCAGUACUUUGGGAUUUUGUUUCUCCUCUACCAGUCCUCAGCAGUGUGGGGAAACCUCCUGUCCUCGCUGGUCUUUGGACAGGAACCCACAACAGGGAACAUUACUGAUGGUGAUUUACUCUUCUGUGGAGUGGACAGCUGUGGAGUCCCUGAUGCCACUUCUGGAAACUCCACCAGACCAGGGGACAGACUAGUGCACACACUCUUGGGCUGCUACAUAGGUGUGGGUGUUUUGGCGAUGUUGGUGGUCGCUGUGUUCCUGGAUAACAUUGACAAAGGAGAGGUUCCAGAGCUCAAGAGCAAGACGGAACCAUUUUGCUCCACAUUCUUAGCCACAUUUAGACAACUAAGAGACAAGCGGCAAGUCCUCCUCAUACCAGUGACAUCAUACAUUGGACUGGAACUUGGUUUCCUUAACGGGGAUUACACAAAGGAUUAUGUAACAUGUGCCUUAGGAAUUCAUUUUGUUGGAUAUGUCAUGAUCUGCUUUGGCGUCACCGGUUCCUUGUUCUCCUACGCGUUUGGUAGGCUGUCGCAGUACAGUGGAAGAGUGACACUUUUCAUCUUAGGUAAGACAUGAGAAAAGGCAGGGUCUAAAGCUCCUUAAAACACAUUCAGAUUCUGAGCUCUGUGUCUGUCCUUCGCAAUGCCACUCUGAGAAACAAAGGGUGGGUACUUCUGCAAGUGUGGGCGACCUUAGGUGUGUAUGAAAUGAAUGUUCUAAGUGGAUAAAGGGCCACAUUCUGAAACAUGGUCUGACCUGUAAAACACAUCAGCACAAAUAUGCAUACAAAUCAUCCACUGUCUCACUGAAGUGUGGCUGUUUAUAAUCCAUC